CCUAUUGGAUUCCGGUCAUCUUUUACAAACCCUAAUUAAACCCCGUCACCGUAAGUCUGAUCGGAAAAAAAUGAAUCGGCCGGUGAGUUUGCUGGACGAAGCUCUAGGUUUCGACGACGGAGAAUCGAAUAGCCGGCAGCGACGGGUCGGACGCGUGGUUCUAGUGGAGGAUUGCGUCGAAACUAGCGGCGCGUUCGUGCUACACCACCUAAUAAAACGGUUUCUCUCUCCUAAGCAUUCAUCCUCCGACAGUGUCGUCAUUAUUGUAGCAUUCGCUCAACCUUUUUCUCACUACGACCGUAUCCUUCGUAAGAUGGGUUGCAACUUAGCUGUGCAAAGGGAGAAUAAAAGAUUGAUAUUCUUUGACAUGCUUAUGCUGGAGUGUCCAGAUGAUGAGGGGGUUGAAGGUGGAUUAAUUGCUUUGUAUGGAAAUAUUCAUAAAGCUGUGGAAGCCAAUUCAAUAAACAAAAACAUUACAAUUAUAAUCGAUGACAUAUCCCUUCUAGAAGUGGCUGCAAAUGGUUCUACAAAAGAUGUUCUAAAUUUUAUGCAUUACUGCCAUACAUUAACAACACAGUUUGGUUGUACAAUAAUCACAGUUAUUCAUGAGGACAUAUAUUCAAAUGGAGACGAAUUUACCCUUCCUAUACAAAUGGAGUACCUUGCUGACAUCACUCUAAAGGCAGAGCCUUUGGUUACUGGUUUGGCAGCAGAUAUUCAUGGCCAGUUGACAGUAUUGAACAAGGGAGGUUGUGAGGGAUUAGGGAGGAUGAAGGGCAAGAUCCGUAAUUUUCAUUACAGGGUUAAGGAAAACAGUGUUGAUUAUUUCUAUCCAGGAAGUCGAUCUUGAAGAAGGUGCACUAUUAAUCUUCUCACUAUGUUUACAUAAUUUUUUUUUGUUGUUUAAAUAGCUAUAUAUUAUAUCUCCCAAUGAUUUUUUGCAUUAGAGAAAAGGAGAAUUUAGUUUUUAUUUAGAGUUGGUUUUUUGUAUCAGCUUUGGUUUGUUUUGUGGUUGUAAAAACUGUAGCAAUUUUUAUUAAUUUUUGAAGGUUAGUUUUGUGUAAAAUG